AUGCGCACCUCGACCUACCUUCAGCUUCUGGCCCCGGCCUUCGUCUUGGCCCAGCUCGGCGACAACUCCACCCUCGCCGCUCCCGGCGUCUCGGUCGACGGCACCUGUGGUCGCCAGAACGGCGGCACCGUCUGCGGCGACUGGAUGGAUGGCAACUGCUGCUCGCAGUACGGAUAUUGCGGCAACACCACAGCCUACUGUGGUUGGGGCUGCCAGUCUGGUGGCUGUGCCAACAAGCCCCUGGUCGCCCCCACGGGCUUCACCUACAGCAUGGACGGCUCCUGCGGCGCCACUGUUCUCUGUGGCGACUGGGAGGACGGAGAUUGCUGCUCGGCCGCCGGCUGGUGCGGUAGCAAGGCCGACUACUGCGGCGCUGGCUGCCAGCACGGCAAGUGCUUGGGUACCAACGCCGCCAGCAGCGCCAGCGAGACUUCUGCUGCCACUGCCUCCUCGACUGAUGCCGUCGUCGCCCCUCUUAGCACCGGUGUCGUUGAUGGCGCCGCUACUGGCUCUCUCAGCACUGGUGUCCAGGAUCCGGUAGCCGCCGCUCCCACCGUUAUCCCUCCCUUCGCCAACACCACCGCCCCAGCCGUUGAGGCUACCGCUGUUGACGCGGCCACUGCCGCUGCUGUCAGCGAGACGACCACCUCCACCGUGAUCGCCGACGUCACCAGCGCCGCUCCCAUCGAGGCGGCCACCACCAUGCCUCCCUUUGCCAACACCACCGCCCCCGCCGACACCGUUGCCCCGGACGCCGAGCCCACCAUGAUCGCCGCACCCGUCGACGUUGCCACCAACGCCACCGCCCCGACCAACGCCACCGUCGCCAACGCCGCCGUGGUCCCGACCCGCGAAAACACCCCCGCCCCGGCCGGCAAGACCUGGGCCAUCGACGGCUUCUGCAACGCCGACGCCAUCUGCGGCCCUUGGGAGUCGGGCUCCUGCUGCAGCUCUUACGGCUGGUGCGGCCAGAGCGAGCUCCACUGCGGUACGGGCUGCCAGUCCGGCGCCUGCCUGAGCGCCCCUGUCGCCGCCUCGGCUGCCGCCUCGACCUUUGCGACCUCGGUCGUUGACAGCACCGCCUCGGCCCAGUCUGCUUCCGUAGCUGUCGAGUCGGCCGCCACCACCGUCGUCGCUGCCACCCAGGAUGCUCCUGCCACCACCGAGGAGGCCAACACCAUCACUACUGCCCCCACUGCUGCGGCUACCACCGAGGCUGCUGCCGAGCCCACCACCAUUACUCUUGACUAA